AUGGCUUAUAUCACGUUCGUAACUCCAUCCCCCUUGGCAAAGCUUAGCUUCACGCCCAUCAUCAAGAACGACCUAAAGCCAGCACCCCCAACCAAGCCCGAGGUCUUUAACCCAGACAAGCAUCUUGCAUUCGUCCAGGAUCCGAAGAAGCUGUCUCUCAAAGAUGUGUCACUGCCCGAAGACAUCGGGAUUUCUCCGGUCGCAUGUUCAGAGCCGUUCCCUCUUUUCACAGAAGAGGCCAUACAGAACAUGAGACAAGAGAUCUUUACCACCGAGGUCUGGGAGAACUGCUUGCACAGUACCAAAUUUGCGCCGUGCCAGCUGCGUGGCCACUGCCCAAAGUACGCACCUUUCAUGAACCAAGCUUGGAACAACCCGAAGACGUUGGCUAUCAUCUCCCAAGUCGCUGGAGUGGACCUCAUUCCCAACAUUCAAUACGAAGUCGGCAACAUCAACAUAUCCGUUCAGAACAAAAGUAGUGACCAGGACAAGACCCAGGCGAAGGCUGGAGACAACACCUCCGUGACCAAGUGGCAUUACGAUGCUUUUCCUUUCGUGUGUGUUGUCAUGAUGAGUGAUGCGACAAACAUGGUAGGUGGGGAGACGGCAAUCAAGACGGGAACGGGAGAAAUCCUCAAGGUCAGGGGCCCGCAGAUGGGAUCCGCAGUCAUCCUCCAAGGAAGAUAUGUCGAACAUCAAGCCCUUGCAGCCAUCGGCGGCGCGGAGCGUAUCACUAUGAUCACAUCUUUCCGUCCCCGAAAUCCUUGUGUUAAGGACGAUUCAGUCCUGACUUCUAUCAGACCAAUUUCUGAGCACUCGGAGCUAUACUACCAAUGGGCCAAGUACAGGGUUGAGGUGGUGCAGGAACGGCUUCAGACAUUUCUAAAGACUCUGGUCGAAGACAAUGAAGGAGACAAGCCGACGAAUGUCAGAAGAAUCAAGGAAUUCUUGGCACAACAGCAGGACUACAUUGGGAUAACUAAUGAGGAAAUCGUGGAAACGCGAGGCCCAUACCUUGCCUGGGAGGGAAGUUGA